GCCCUGCCCGCCCUGCCGGGGCCACCUGAGCCGGCUGCUGCACCUCUGGGCCGGUGUGCAUGGCGGCUGCCAAUCCCUGACCUCGCUACCGAGUGUACCAUGCAGUGCCUGGGCGCCGAGUACUUGGUUUCUGAAGAGAAAACACCCAGACAGAGAGAGUGGCGACCCCAGAUUUACAGGAAAUGCACAGAUACGGCGUGGCUAGCUCUGUUCUUUCUCUUUUGGACUGGUUUGGUGUUCAUCAUGGGCUAUUCGGUGGUGGCUGGAGCAGUGGGAAGACUCCUCUUCGGCUAUGACAGCUUCGGCAAUGUGUGUGGCAAGAGGAACUCCCCAGUGGAAGGGGCCCCCCUCUCAGGGCAGGACAUGACUCUCAGAAAACACGUGUUCUUUAUGAAUGCCUGCGAUCUGGACGGCGAGGACAGGUGGCUUGGCCCCACGGCCCUCUGUGUAUCCAGUUGUCCUGAGAAGCAGCUGGACACCCUGGAAGAGGUCCAGCACUUUGCCGACACCAAUGGGUCUUUCCUGUGUGUCUAUAGUUUGAAUUCCUUCAACUAUACUCAGAGUCCAAAUGCAGAUACACUGUGUCCCAGGCUCCCCGUUCCUCCAAGUAAGUCCUUCCCCUUAUUUAACCGGUGCAUCCCUCAGACCCCCGAGUGCUAUUCCUUAUUUGCAUCAGUCUUGAUAAAUGAUGCUGACGCUCUCCAUCGGAUUCUAAGUGGAAUAAUGGCGGGAAGAGACACCAUCCUCGGCUUGUGUGUCUUCACAUUCGCCUUGUCUCUGGCCAUGAUGUUCACUUUCCGAUUCAUCUCCACACUUCUGGUCCACAUCAUCAUUUCGCUGGUUAUUUUGGGAUUGCUAUUUGUCUGCGGAGUCUUAUGGUGGUUGUUUUAUGACUACACCAACGACCUCAGCACAGAAUUGGACACGGAAAGGGAGAACAUGAAGUGCAUGCUGGCCUUUGCCAUCAUCGCUACGGUCACGACGGCGGUUCUCCUCGUCUUGAUCUUCACACUCAGAAGGAGAAUGAAAUCGGCAGUCGAGCUUCUCCAGGUGACAAACAAAGCCAUCAGCCGCUGCCCUUUCCUGCUCUUCCAACCACUGUGGACAUUUGCCAUCCUUGUUUCCUUCUGGGUCCUCUGGGUGGCUGUGCUGCUGAGCCUGGGAACUGCCGGCACUGCCCAGGUGAUGGAAGGCGGCCAAGUGGAAUACAAGCCUCUUUCGGGCAUUCGGUACAUGUGGUGGUACCAUCUAAUUGGCCUCGUGUGGACUAGCGAAUUCAUCCUUGCAUGCCAGCGGCUAACAAUAGCGGGAGCAACCGUCACUUGCUAUUUCAACAGGAAUCAAAAUGACCCUCCUGCCCAUCCAAUCCUUUCGUCUCUCUCCAUACUUUUCUGCUACCAUCAAGGAACUGCGGUGAAAGGGUCAUUUUUAAUCACUGUGACAAGAAUCCCAAGAGUCGUUCUCAUGCACGCGUAUAAUACUCUGAAAGAGCCGCAGCACGGUACGUGGUCAAGAGGUGCGUUCAGAUGCAGCUGCUGUGGGCUCUGGCGUCUCACCAGAUACCUGUACCAUCUCAACCAGAAUGCGUACACCGCAACUGCCAUUAAUGGGACGGAUUUUUGUACAUCAGCGAAAGAUGCACACAAAAUCAUGUCCAAGAAUUCCAGUCAUCUCACGUCUGUUAACUGCUUUGGAAACUUCGUCAUUUUCCUGGGAAAGGUACUGGUGGUGUGCUUCACUGUUUUCGGAGGACUGAUGGCGUUUAACUACAACCGCGCACUCCAGGUGUGGGCCAUCCCCCUGCUCCUAGUCGCCUUUUUUGCCUACCUAGUGGCUCACAGUUUCUUGUCCGUGUUUGAAACUGUGCUGGACAUACUUUUCCUGUGCUUCGCUGUGGAUCUGGAAACAAAUGAUGGAUCGUCAGAGAAACCGUACUUCAUGCACCCUGAAUUUUUGAGUUUUGUGAAACGGGCCAACAGCUUUAACAAUGCACCGUCUCAAGGAUGCAAGGACUCUUUACCAAACGAGGAGGGGACAGAACUUCGGGCCACUGUGAAAUAGGGGCCCAGAGGCUUUUGUACUAGGAGAACCUCCACGUGUUUUGAUCACGCUGUGAUACUGAAACAAUGUCUACAGCUGUUUUCACAGGAACUAGAGCAAGAAAAAUAAUGUUAAAACUAUGUUUGUACGCAUCACUUUAAAGGGCACAAUAUAUCUGGGCACAGUGACAUGCAUCUAUAAUCCCAACAAUUAGGAGGCUUAAGUACAAAGACCACCAGUAUAAGGCCAGCCUGUGUUACCCGGGAGUUUAAAGCCAACUGAAUGCUAUGUAGAGACCUUAUCUCAACAUAAACAAACAAAAAUAAAAAAUAAGAACGGC